AGUGACUAGCGUCAUCAUCCUUCCCGCUGACAAGUGAGCACAGCCGGCCGGAAAGUUCCGGACAACCGCCCCCCGCGUCUCCGCAUUUAGCACUAGCACAUUCAGCAGAACAACAGCCCGACAACCAUUAAGGAGGGCAAAACAAGCAUUUGGAGGAAUGACUGUGUUUUUUCAACGUUUUCUAGUGAAUGACAUUUUAAAACAUUACGCGCCCUCCGCCAACUUUUCCCGCUGAAGACACCACGAAAGCCGAAAAACGAGAAUGACUCAGAAAACGAAAGUUAAGUCGUGGAACGAGCUGAAGCAAGCCGGGAACGAGUUCUUCAAGGCGGGCCAGUACGGAGAGGCCACCCGCUUCUACAGCCAGGCCAUCGACGAACUACACAAGUCGAAUCCCAAAAAUGUGGAGGAUUUGAGCGUUUUGCACUCCAACCGCGCUGCUAGCUACCUCAAAGAAGGAAACUGUGCCGAAUGUUUCAAGGACUGCAACAUCUCUCUGGAGUUGGUACCGUUCAACGUCAAAUCCUUGCUCCGGAGGGCCGCCGCCUCGGAGGCCCAGGAGCGUUAUCGCCAGGCCUACGUGGACUACAAGACCGCCCUUCAGCUGGACGCCAACAUAGCGGCGGCACACGACGGAGCCAACAGGAUGACAAAAGCGCUGACAGAGGUGGACGGUCCGGCAUGGCGCGAGAAGCUCCCCGCCAUCCCAGUGGUCCCCCUGGCGGUCCGCGAAAAGAUGAGCCAAGCUGCCCCGCGGCACAACGGCGCCACGGGGGACGCCUCGACCAACGACGCACGGCGAGCCAAGGCGCUCAAGGAAGAAGGCAACGCCUUGGUCAAGAAGGGCGAUCAUGCCCGCGCCGUCGACAAGUACACGCAGAGCAUUCUGUGCCACGACAAAGAAGCUGCCGCCUUCACUAACCGGGCGUUGUGCUACCUGGCGCUUAAGCGCUACCGCGACGCCGUCGGUGACUGCGACGCGGCCCUAGCCCUGGACGGCGUCAACGUCAAGGCGCUCUACCGACGUGCACAGGCCUACAAGGAGCUCAAGAACAUGACCGGUUGCAUACAGGACCUGAAAGAACUGCUGGAGGUGGAGCCUACCAACAUGGCUGCCAUCAAGCUGUUACAGGAAGUACAACAACUACAACAGCAAGAACAACCCCCCAAACAACAAGCCCCGCCGCCCCAGGAGAAGAAGAAAAAAACAAGAAACCGGAAGAAGUGACCAGCAGAGGCAUGAGGUGAAAGUAGGCGGAGCUAAACCCGCAGAGUCGACCAAUCGGCGCCCGUCGUUUCGACCCAAGUGCCUGAAACGAUUACGGUCGCCGUGGGGGGCUUUUCCAACGUUUUCAUUGGUCAUUUCGCCCAUUCCGGCGGCCACUCAAGUUACUACAUUUAGCGUUUUACCCUCUUAUUGGUCAUUUAUGUAACUUAUUUCUGUCUCCGUUUAAAGUUGGCGGCCAUUUUUUAAAAGCUGCCGAUAUAACUAGCGGAUGUUAAAUAUACAUUUGUUUGCUUGUCGUCGACUCGGAAAAGACAAAUUGACCACCACAGUCAUCAGGCUGGGCGAGUUUGUUGUUUUUGCGUUCAAAUAAAUGUAUAAAUAAAACUGGUUUUAUUCAAAGGAGAGUGAAAUCAUUCACAUUUACACACACAAGUAAAUUGUUUUUCCUGAUUUGAACUGAAUUGUAGCAUUUUUACAUUUAAAUGAGUUUAAUGGGGUAAAGGUUUGGCUGCUGUUGAUGACGCUAGACGUUGAAUCCCAUUUAGUUUGGGAAGGGCGAAUGUACUUGAAGCCAUGUCAACAGCACUGAAACAUGAGCCAGUCCUCACAGUUGAAAUGAAUUGGACAUCCAUCCCUGUCGUUGGGGGGGCAAUAAUUGAAUAUUUGUAGUUGAGAAGGUGUACCCACAAGUCCAAGCGCCAUUCACAGGUGCAAAGACUUGUGGGUACACUUCUCAAGUUUUAACUGUGACUUUCCAUAGCUGGUGACAUAUACAACCCGAAACAAAAAGUAUGGAAUCACCAGUCUCGGACGAGCAUUCACUCAGACAUUUUAUCAUGGGGAACAAACUCCGAUAAAAAGCUUGAAAAAAUAAUGAAUUAGUUCAAAAGUGCAACUCCUUGGCGAUCAGAAACACUAAAAGAAAUGAAUAAAAACAUUGUGGUGGUCAGUAAAUGUUAUUUUUAUUGAGCAAGUGCAGGGAAAUGUAGAAUCACUCCAUUCUGAAGAAAUAUGGAAUCACUCCAUUUUCAGGAGAAAAUAGACUCACCCAGUGAAUUUCCUUUCCUUAAUUGGGCCCCUGCCUCAGAUUAGAGCUGCUCGUUAGUCAGCAGUUAAAAACGGUGCAGUUAUCACUCCUUGGAGGGCUGCUGGACCAAGUGGAUUCACAAGAAUCAUGGCUCCAACAAGAGAGAUGUCUCUUGAGACCAAGGAGAGGAUUAUCAAACUUCUUGAAGAAGGUAAUGCUACAUGUAUGGUUGCCAAAGAUGUGGGCUGUUCAGUCAGUUGGACCAAGUACAAACAGCAUGGCAAGGCUGUUAAAGUUAAGCGUACUGGUAGACCGAGGAAGACAUCCAAACGCCAUGACAAACAACUAAAGGCCAUAUGUCUUGAGAACAGGAGAUGCACAACAAGACAAAUGAAGAACUGGGAGGAAGAUGGAGUCAAGGUAUGUGACAACUGUGCAAAAUCGCCUAAAGGAAAUGGGAUUUUCAUACAGAAAAGGAAAAAGGAAACCAUCAUUGACACUUAAACAAAAAAGAAGAAAACUCCAAUAGGCUAAGGAGAGGCAAACAUGGACUGUGAAUGACUGGAUGAAGGUUUUUUUUUCAGUGAUGAGUCAAUCUGCAUUGGACAAGGUGAUGCUGGAACUUUUGUUUGGUGCCGUUCCAGUGAGAUUUACUAAGAUGACUGCCUGAAGAAAACAUCAAAAUUCCCUCAGUCCUUGAUGGUCUGGAGCUGCAUGUUAGGCAAAGGCACUGGGGAGAUGGCUGUGGUUAAAUCUUCAAUAUAUACACAAGUUCACAUUGAAAUUUUAGACAGCUUUCUUAUCCCUUCAAUUGAAAAUGUUUUCAUUCUCCAAGAUGACAAUGAUUCAUCCCACAGAGCUAAAACUGUAAUAGCAUUCUUUGGAGAAAGACUCGUCCAGUCAAUGUCAUGA